AUGGAGAAAGAGAACCAGAAGCAGUUCGUAGAGGAUCUAACGUUACCUGAGGAUUACCAGCUUUGGAUGAUUAGCAACUUUCCACCUAAAGAAGUUAUGGAGAUCAAAGAUGCAGAUCAUAUGGCAAUGUUCUCUAAGCCUCAAGAACUCUGUGCUAUCCCCUUAGAGAUUGCGGACAAAAAUAAAGAAUACUCCGAGGAUUACCAGCAUUCGAUGAUCAGCAAUUUCCAUAAACCUGAAAACUGUGUAAAGAAGCAAUUCCUCAGAGACAUGAUUUUAAGCUUCAUGAUAGCUGGUAGAGACACCACAGGCUCUGCUCUCACUUGGUUCUUCUGGCUUCUUUCCAAGAACCCACAAGAAACGGCCAAGAUUCGCCAAGAAAUCAACACAAAGCUAUCUCCAAGAACCAAUGAUGGUUCUGAAAUUGAUUCAUUCAAUCACCAAGAGUUAAGCAAGUUGGUUUAUUUGCAUGGCGCGUUGUAUGAAGCCCUCAGGCUAUAUCCACCAGUUCCUUUUCAGCACAAGUCUCCAACAAAACCGGACGUUCUUCCAAGCGGACACAGAGUCGAUGCGAGUUCGAAGAUUGUGUUCUGUCUUUACUCAUUAGGGAGAAUGAAAACGGUUUGGGGAGAAGAUGCAGCAGAAUUUAAACCGGAGAGAUGGAUUUCAGAGAGUGGAAGGUCGAUACAUGUGCCAUCUUUUAAGUUCUUAUCAUUCAACGCCGGUCCAAGGACUUGUUUGGGGAAAGAUGUGGCUAUGACGCAGAUGAAGGCAGUGGCCGUGAAAAUCAUACAAAACUAUGAGAUAAAGGUCGUUAAAGGGCACAAGAUUGAGCCAGUUCCUUCUGUUAUACUUCACAUGAAGCAGGGUCUUAAAGUCAUGGUCACUAAGAGAUGUAAUUUAGACUGAAUGUUAUGCAAAAAUUUAUAAAUAUAAGCUUGGAAAUAAUGAUUAGAACUCGUGACAAAAGAAAAAAAAUAGAACUCGUGACAACUAUUGUGACACGUUAUCAGAAG